GGGGGUGGUGGGAUCGGCAGGGUCGCUGUUCCCCAGCCUCUCCGGAACAAAGUCGGGGACGGGAGAGCGCCCGCACGCCCAUGGACGCGUGGGGGGUGCCCGCAUCCCGUUGGAGUCGGUGCCGCGGGGCUCAGCUGCUGCUGUUGCUGCUCACCUUGCGCCUGGGGAGCGGAGCUGAUAAAGCAGAAGAUGAAGAUGACGAAGACUUAACCGUGAAUAAAACAUGGGUCCUAGCACCAAAGAUUCAUGGCGGGGAUGUGACUCAUAUACUGGACUCCUUACUUCAAGGAUAUGACAAUAAGCUUCGGCCAGAUAUUGGGGUGAGAACUACUGUAAUUGAAACAGAUGUCUAUGUUAACAGCAUUGGCCCAGUUGACCCAAUCAAUAUGGAAUACACCAUAGAUAUUAUAUUUGCCCAGACUUGGUAUGACAGUCGUCUGAAAUUUAACAGCUCAAUGAAAGUCCUUAUGCUUAAUAGCAAUAUGGUUGGAAAAAUUUGGAUUCCAGACACUUUCUUCCGGAACUCAAGGAAAUCUGAUGCCCACUGGAUUACAACUCCAAAUCGCUUACUUCGAAUCUGGAGUGAUGGAAGAGUAUUAUACACUCUAAGACUGACAAUUAAUGCUGAGUGUUAUCUUCAGCUUCAUAACUUUCCUAUGGAUGAGCACUCCUGUCCACUGGAAUUUUCAAGCUAUGGAUAUCCCAGAAAUGAAAUUGAAUACAAAUGGAAGAAAACCUCUGUUGAAGUGGCAGAUCCGAAAUACUGGAGAUUGUACCAAUUUGCGUUUGUAGGGCUGCGAAAUACAACUGAGAUUUCUCAUACCCUAUCUGGUGAUUAUAUUAUUAUGACAAUCUUCUUUGAUCUCAGCAGACGUAUGGGAUAUUUUACUAUCCAGACGUACAUUCCUUGUAUACUCACAGUUGUUCUUUCAUGGGUGUCAUUUUGGAUUAACAAGGAUGCAGUUCCUGCAAGGACAUCUCUGGGUAUUACAACGGUGCUGACCAUGACAACAUUGAGCACAAUUGCCAGGAAGUCACUUCCAAAAGUCUCCUAUGUGACAGCAAUGGAUCUUUUUGUCUCAGUUUGCUUCAUUUUUGUGUUUGCUGCCUUGAUGGAAUAUGGCACCUUGCAUUACUUUACUAGCAACAGGAAAGGGGACAAAGGAAAAGAUAAGAAGGCAAAACCUAAGCCAUCAAAACCAUCUGCAAUUGCUGUUCGACCUGGAUCAACACUAAUUUCAAUUAAUAACAUUAAUCAUCUCCCUGAACGUGAUGAUGAUUAUGGAUAUGAGUGCCUAGAAGGGAAAGACUGUGCUAGCUUCUUUUGUUGUUUUGAAGACUGCCGCACAGGAUCUUGGAGAGAAGGAAGAAUACACAUUCGUGUUGCAAAAAUUGACUCCUAUUCUCGAAUCUUCUUUCCAACUGCCUUUGCAUUGUUUAAUCUCGUUUAUUGGAUUGGGUAUCUUUAUCUAUAAAUUUUACUGGCUAGACAAACUCAGAAAAGAACUGAACAGACAUUAAUGUUUUUCAGAGAAUGGUCAAAGUUUAGAUCUGAUCUAAAAUUACUAAAAUUAGAUAUUUUUAAAAUUUGAAACAAGAUGUUGAUAUAGUCUCCCUCUUGUGAUUAACAAUAGAAAUGAUAUCAGUAUUUUGACAUGAAAAUUGAAAAAUUAACUCUUAAAAUUUAACUUAUCUAUACACACAGCUACUUUUGUCCAGGUCUAACAAAAUACACAGAUGAGAGACUAAGUUGUUGAACUGGACAGUCAAAUCUUUAAAUUUUAAUUCUAAAUGACAAUACUGAUAAAUUUUGUAGCAUCUCUUACAGUUUAACAUAGAAAGCCUUAAUAAAAUGGGACUAGUUAUUCUCAUCCAUUUCAUGUAUAAGAUGAUAAUUUUUAUUAAUUCUUGAUUUUUAAAUAGCUGAUAAAAGUUAAAAACACUUCUAUUUUUCAACUAGACUUUUACUCUCUGCAGUAUGUUAAAAAGAAUGAUAUCAUAGUUAAUCUCAUUCAUAUUUACACAAAGUGCAGAGAUGAGAGCAACAAAUGGUUUUAUCACCAAAAAGCCCACAGAGGUAUUUCUGAGCUUGUCUUAUCCUGGCUAUUGAUGUAAGCUUUUGGCUUUCAGCCUUUGAUUAUGACAUUUAUGACAUUUAUGUCUGUGCUCCAUCUGCUGUUAUAUCACUGUGGUGUGUUCCUCAAAGUUCUCCAAGAAGGCUACAACUUUAAAAAUUCCUACCUAUUUGCCAUUGCUCUAAUUUCAUGGAAGCCAAAUGUUGGAUAAUUGAUUAUGGCCAUUCAGAUAAUCUUUUCACAUCCUCUCCAUUUCCCUCUCCUUUGUCUAAUUCAUACUCAGGGACAGAGAAGGAAUUAUGCUCAACAGACUUUGUAUCAUCAGAAUUAGGAAGAAUCCUUUGACAGUGCUACAGGCUUGUGUUAAAAUCCACUGUGCUAAAUCUCCAUCCCUAAGGGUAAAAUUUGUGACCUGGUAUGCUUUGCAUACAGUACAGUUUUGUAUGUUCUGCUUGUUACUGCGUAUGUUACUCAUUGAACCAAGUCAAGUCAGAUUUACUGAUACUGUGUUCUGGAUUGCUGUAUAAUUACCUCCUUGACAUAUACAAUUCCAUCAGAAAAAAAAAAA